AUGGCCGCAGCCGCCAGCAUCGCUGCCGCACCCGCUGUGGCCUCUGCCGCGGAAGCCGCGAAGGAUGAGUACCUGAACUACAACUUCACAGGUGAGUUCACGCCCUUCAUGGUCAUUGGCUACUUCGGCCUUACCACCUUCCUGACCGCCUUUGCCUUCGGCUCUUACCUGGCCCUGACCAAGCUGUCACUUGGCCAGAUUUGA